AGUCAUCCGCAUUCCCAAUUUCGCGUUAGGUCUGGCCUGUUCUACAAGGAGUGGGGGGAUUUGUGACGUCAGUGGACAGUCCUAGUGACCGUGGUGUCGACGAAUCCAGUGUUAUAAAACAGUACUAAAGAUUUCAGCUACGCACCUCUGGCUCGUCUUCGUGAGAGGUGUGAGGAGCAACGAAGAGAGAAAAACUACUUCGACGAAGGCCAAAUGAGAGUUGUACUUUGGGGAGGAGGCUUGUCUUGUAGCAGCGUUGGCUAUUGAAGUCGUGUUUACGAGUGAUUGCGAUUUUUGUACUUGUGUUUAAGAGCAGAACCGUAACAAAUGCGUUCAGUUACUUAAUCUGAGUUUGUUUGACGAUUUCAGUGCAGUGCAAGUGAUUUUGAGACUUCAUAACUCACGAUGGAAUUGUCCAUGGGUGAUCGUGUUUAUGCGGCAGAGAGAAUAAUGAAGAAAAGGGUGAGGCGGGGACGAGUUGAAUAUUUUGUCAAAUGGAAAGGAUGGAGUCAAAAGCAUAGUACAUGGGAGCCAGAAGAAAAUAUAUUGGAUGGACGCCUCAUAGAUAUCUUUGAACAAGGACAACGUGGGGAUCCAACUCCUCACAAAAGAGGGCCUGGCAGAAAGAAGGAAUCUGCACGUUAUCAUGACAGCCAUCAGCAGCAGCAGCAGCAGCAGCAACAGGAGGUUGGACGAAGUGAUCCAGAGGACACACUGGAGGAGAUUCAAGGGGGUGCUGGGGGGGAUAGCAGCCAAGAUGAAGGGGCAGGAAGGAGCAGCAGUGCUUUGCCAGAGUUGGAGCUAGGGGAACGAGAGGAUGAUGAUGCUGGUAAGAAGCCAGAGGAGGUGCAAGGGGGCGGAGGAGAAGGAGGGGACAACACCCAGGAUGAUAAGGGGGCAGCACAUUCUACCAGAAAGUUACCAGAGGCACAUGAUAUAAACAACAAAGACGGGCGUGCAGGUGCUUCUAGUGUUACACCACCUCCCCCUGAAUUGGUAGCACUGCCUCCAGACAUUGUAGAUGGUGACAGCAGCAGUAGCAGCAGCAGUGAAGACAGACCAAUUAUUAGUCGAAGAGAACCAGUUGGUACAAAGCGAAAGGCAGAGGUUCUGUCAAAAGAAUCUGGAAAGAUUGGUGUUACAAUUACAACAAGCAGUUCUUCCAGUAGCAGUAGUGGGGCUGGUAGCCCACCACCUAGCAAACUGCCUCGGUUACUGCCAGUCAAGCCUGUUACUGCACCCACAUCACCGUCAUACAACCCACAAGUUCAUGGCCGUCGUCCUUCAAGUUCAAAGUCGGCCACAGACGCAGCACAUAUAUCUCAAGAUGAUGCAGGAGUCGGAUCUGUGCUUUCUGCAAUAUCUCCUCCCCCUAGUUCUGGCCGUGGAUCAAAAUCACCUGCAUCUUCUCCAGCUCUGACACCUACCAGUCCCCGAUCAAACAGUACUGACAAGAGAAUAUUAGCUCCUGCUUUAUCACCUGUCGCCAGUCAUAUUUUACAAGAACUGGGGACAGAUACAGCAACAGCUGCAUCAGCCAUUUCACGAACAGAAGACUCUCAUAAACAAAAGCAUUCUCAUCAGGAAGGCAGCAUUAUUACCACAGAUGCAGUAAAUGGGAGUACAGAUAUGGACAAAACAGGAGAAACUAAUGCUGUAAACAACAGCAAUGUAUCAGUUACUGGUGGAAGCCUGGUGAAUGGACAUCCUAAUAAUGCUUACAGUAAUAAUAAUAUUAACACCGGGAAUCUGGACGAAGUGGAGAAACCACCUCCUACGCUGCUUCCUCAGUUACUAAGCAGUCCCAGUUCAGAAUACUGGCAUGCAAGAAAUCCGGUGGCAGACCAAGUUUUCAUUACGGACGUUACGGUCAACCUCAAGACAGUUACAAUUCGAGAAUGCAAGACUGAGAAAGGUUUCUUUCGAAAUAGAGAUGUGCCCAAUCAGAGUGAUAUUAAGUGAUAAGUUUAUAUAUCUUGUCUAUCAUGAACUACAACUAAAAAUACAAAGGUGUUUAGCGAUACAUAUUUCUUUUUCAUCUCGGUUUUUAAAUUAAAUGUAGAAUCAGUACAGAUGAUUAGAAAAUGUUCACCCUUAUUGAUCUUCGGUACUGUCUGGAAGUACCAUGACUGUUUUCAACUACAGCUAAGCCUCUUGAUAUGACCUCGCUGUGCCAUGUUUGAAGCCAGUCUGUCCAUUUAUUCUCAAGAUAAUUGAAGGACAGACUGGCACUGAUAUGGUGUUUGGGAAGAUAUGUAACUUGAAUUUAUGGUUUCAGUAAUGGCAGUUAGUAUGAAUAAAAGAGUAAUAAGUAAACAAUGUAAUAUAUGCCCAUAUAAAAUUGAAAACAAAUAUAAGACUACUUAUUUGACUAUAUGUGACAGAUUUAGGUGACAGCGAAUGUGCACACAGUGAACUUUUCAAUGAUAUAAGUUUGAUAAGAUAUAUGAAGGUUUGCAAACCAAAAGUGUCUGACGGACAAAAUACUGAAAAUUUAGUUUUGUAAUAUGCGAGGAAAAUAUUCUUUUGGUGAUGUAUUUUUCAUUCUGUUGACAGUGUGAUGUUGGGCAUAUGUGUGUUAGGAGUGGGAUCUCAUGUAGAAACUGUGAACUUUAAUGCUCAUGUGUGAGAAAUUACAUGUCAUUUGGACUUUCAUUUCAAAUUAAUCUCAAACUAAUACUGUAUAAAAAUGUUUCCAGACAGAUACUGUACCAUUACAUGCUUGGUAUGUGUAUUACUGACCUUCAUACCUCAUUAAUGUUACAUACGUAGUACAUGAUACUUAUUCCAGAAAUUGUUAUUACAAUGUAAGGGAUAGUUAAGUGGCCGCACGGUCUGAGGUGUGGGCCUUGUG